AUGAGUCAAGGGUCUUCAUUCAGAAAGCGGUUCGACCCGUACGCCGACCUUGUCGACAUUACCGCAUCGCCAAAGUUUGUCGCACCCACGCCGAGAAACCAUCGAUCGCACCACGAGAUUGUGUCUUUAGUGUCCGACUCUGAAGACGACGACGAUGAAACACAAAGAUCGGCGUCUCAGCGAUCGUCGCGACCUGGCCCUCCUCCUGCUGCUCCCUUGGUGUCGUCGAGGGGCGCAAACAGAGGAGGCGCCAUGCCGCCGCCCGCGACAACGGCGGCGGCUGCUUCGCGUGACGAGUUUGGUGACCAUGCGUUUGGUGCUAGCAUUCUCAAACCACAAAGACCUCAAGCAGCGACACCCAGAAAGAAGGCGAAUGGGCCACCUUCCCUCGUAUAUCAACCACCCACUGCAUCCCAGCCCCAACAAUCCACUUCAUCCUUCAGCAGCUUCAUCAAACCUUCAAAAGGCUUCGCUCAACCUCAGAGCAACAACAUGUCGUCCCCCUUCAACAACCAGGCUGACGGAGGAGGUUACCAGAACGGCUGGCCGUCAUGGGCAUUGAAACCGGGAGCCAUAGCAUCUCUUCCUUCCUCGUCUAGCAUCGCCUCGAGUCCAGACCCGGAGCGCGAGAAGGAAGAGGUUGAGGAGAAUGGCGAGAACUUUGACCUCGACCAGGCCAAGAUCACCGCCGAGGACUUCCAGCGUCACAUUGGGGACGCCGACGAGCAGAUGCGCGACCUGCUCGCUGGGGCUGUGGGUGAUGGGGAGGACGAGGAGUCUCGCGAGCCAGGUGACGACAUCAUCGAAGGCUUCGCGGACAACAUCAAGCUCAUGCCACACCAAGUCCGCGGUGUCAAGUGGAUGCGGGACCGUGAGAAGGGAAGAAAGUAUGGUGGCAUCCUGGCCGACGACAUGGGUCUCGGUAAGACUGUGCAGACGCUCGCUCGCAUUGUCGAGGGCCAGCGUACUGCCGCCGAGAAGAAGGUGUACAAGGGAGGAACUCUGAUCAUUGCACCUCUCGCCGUUAUGGACCAGUGGGCGAAUGAGUGCAAGAGCAAGACUCAGCCAGGACUACUCAAGGUCAAGACACACCAUGGCGCUUCGCGAACAAAGUCUGGCAAGGAGCUUGAGAAGUUUGAUGUUGUCAUCACCACGUAUGACAUCCUCCGCGCCGAGUACAAUGCCGUUCAGAAGAAGAAGGCCAAGCCUGUGAACAGCAGCGAUAGCGAUAGCGACGCUCCGAAGAAGCGGAAGCCCAAGCCCAAGGCUGCGCCGGGCAGUCUCUUCGACGUCAAGUGGUACCGCGUGGUCGUUGACGAGGCGCAAAACAUCAAGAACCACAAGACCCAGACGGCCAAGGCCGCAGUUGAACUACGUGCCAAGUACCGGUGGUGUCUCACGGGUACACCCAUCCAGAACAAUGUUGAAGAGCUCUACUCCCUCUUCAAGUUCCUUCGCGCUCGGCCCCUGGACGACUGGCAGACCUUCAAGGAGCGUAUCUCGUCACAGGUGAAGGAAGGCCGCACGGGUAUUGCUAUGAAGCGACUGCACAUCAUCUUGAAGUCGAUCAUGCUUCGACGGACCAAGAACGCGACCAUUGAUGGCAAGCCGAUUCUCAACCUUCCGGCGCGCAAUGUCAAUGUUGUUGAGUGCCAGUUUGAUGCCGAUGAGCAGGCCUUCUACGAUGCUCUCGAGCACAAGACCAACUUAACCAUGAACCGGUACCUGCGAAGUGGCACCGCCAUGUCCAACUACACGUCGGUUCUUAGCAUGCUCUUGCGUCUGCGUCAAGCUUGUGACCACCCCGCACUUGUCACCAAGAGCCUUGCCCUCGACAAGGACGCUCUGGACCCUGAGCCAGAGAAGCCCGAGGGUGUGGACAAGGACACGGCUGACCUCGUGGACAUGUUUGCCAGGACUGGCAUCAUCACUGAGGCCAAGUGCGAGAUCUGCUUCGUGGUCCUCGAGGAUCAGACCAAGUCACAAUGCCCUGAUUGUUGGGACAUUACUCGCAGGUCCAGGGAGAAGUCUGUCGAACCUGGAGACCUCCCCCCGUCGAGUGCCAAGAUUCGCAAGAUGCUCGAGCUGCUCAACGAAAUCGACGAGAGGAGUCAGCAGAAGGAGAAGACGAUCAUCUUCUCGCAAUUCACCAGCUUCCUGGAUAUCAUUGAGCCGUUCCUGCGCGAUGCUGGUAUCCCCCACGUGCGAUACGACGGAUCGCUCCGAGCCGAUCAGCGUGAGGAAGUCCUGAACAAGAUUCGCACCUCCAAGACUGUGAGGGUCAUCCUCAUCUCGUUCAAGGCCGGCAGCACAGGUCUCAACCUGACGUGCUGCAACAAUGUCAUCUUGAUGGAUCUGUGGUGGAACCCAGCUCUCGAGGACCAGGCGUUUGACCGUGCCCACCGACUCGGCCAGAAGCUCGAUGUGCAUAUCCACAAGCUGACCAUUGCGGAGACUGUCGAGAAUCGCAUUCUUCAACUGCAAGACUCGAAGCGCGAGCUCGCCAACGCUGCGCUGUCGGGCACGGGCGUCAAGAACAUGAAGCUGUCCAUGGCCGACAUUCUCAAGCUGUUCCAGCGUUCCACUCACGACGAGGACGACUAGCCAGCUUGCCAGCUUGCCUGUGUUUAUUUCUUUUCUCUAUCGUAUCGUAUCCGUUCCCAACAUUGCAUGGCACCCACGACUCUGCCAUGCAUAGAUGUAAAGUGUAGAC